AUGGCGGCUUCUGAUCCCAACAAGUUGCUCUCCAAGGCUGAUAAGCUGACGACCCUCAGUCUCACGAGGUGGAGUGCGGAUUGGAAAAGUGCGACUGCUCUUUAUGAGCAGGCAGCUAAUGGGUUUCGAGUUGCCAGGAAUCAUGAGAAAGCCAAAAUAGCAUAUGAGAAAGCUUCAAAAGGACAAGAAAUGCUUUCAUCACCUUGGGAUGCAGCUAAGCACAUGGAAUCUGCCGCUGCUCUGGCAAAGGAUCUAAGUCACUGGCAGGAAGUUUUGGACUUCUAUCGAAGGGCAUCUGAAUUGUACAUGGAGUGUGGGAGACCACAACCUGCAUCAGACGCCCUUGCAAAGGGAGCCCGUGCAUUGGAAGAUAAUAUGUCUGAAGAAGCUAUUCAGCUUUAUACAGAUGCUUGUACAAUUCUUGAAGAUGAUGGAAGAGAACAAAUGGCCUUUGAUCUAUAUCGUGCUGCUGCUAAUGUUUAUAUUAAACUUGAAAAAUAUACAGAUGCUGCAUCUUUCAUGUUGAGAUUGGGCGUGGCAGCUGAUAAGUGUAAUGCUACCAAUAGCCAGAGCAAGGCAUAUCUUAGUGCAAUUGUUAUCUACCUUUAUGCUAAUGACUUUAAGCAAGCUGAGAAGUGCUAUAAUGACUGUUCUCAGGUUGAUGCUUUUCUCAGAAGUGACCAGAACCGUUGUGCUAGCAAGCUACUUGCUGCCUACACAGAUGGAGAUGUUGAAGAAAUCAAACGUAUUGCUCAGUCGAGCGGUAUUUCACAUCUUGACCAUGUGAUCAUUAAGCUUGCAAGAAAACUUCCAACAGGUGAUGUGAGUGGAUUAAAGGCUGACAAUGCUGCUGAAGAUGAAGAGGAGCCACUUGAUGAAAACGACUUGACUUAA